AAGUGUAUUGUCGUCGUCGCCAUCGUAAUGUUCAUCGAAUGUAUCUUCCUCUUCCUCGUCGUCGUCGUCGUUGUCGUCGUUCUUGUCGAGUAGAUGAGCAUCACCGUAUGGUGAUGACUAUACUUAUGCCCCCGACUCGAGCAGAAGAGGGGCACCACGAGUCGACUACUGCAUUGGAUCGACUACUAGGACUGCAAGGAGAUGCAUCACCUAAGUUGCAGAGGAAUAUAUCUCUUGAAUCAAGGGAACUUUCGGACAGAAUCUCGACUGCAGCAAGAAAUGCUACGGAGAAUGGGAAGCUAUUCCGGACGGAGAAGCAACGGGUGAAUCGCUCUCUUGGUGAUUAUGACGAUGAAGAAGAUUCUGAAGCGCGAAAGAUCAACUUUGGCGACGAAGUGAACGUACGUUUCUUCAAUCGUAGCGGAUCUAGUCUGUCACUUCGCGGCAGAUCCCACAGUCAACAUGAAGUAGCCGACUUAGCGAGUUGUGUGAAGAGCUUUGAUGGUCGAAGUAAUAACAAGUCUUGUUUGGGUAAAACGACGAGUUAUGAGAAUCUCGGCGAUUUGGAGACCAUAGCUGAGGAAAUGGGCAAACCAAGGGAGAUGCUUGUCAGCGGUAGGAGAGGAAGAUCGAGAUCAUUCGCCGAUUUAGAAGAGGAUUGGUAAAUGGUAACAUGAUCUAUUAUUAUUAUUGCUGAAUCGAUGCUCAUCAUCAUCACGUAUCUUCUGUGCAGCAGCAUGCGUGUAGCUGAUUAUUCACUUGAUUACUAAAUACAAAAGAUACCAUCUUAAUAGCAUCUUAUCUUCACUCGUAGAAGAUACGGUCAUGUCCAUUCAUCGUCACUACUGAGUAAUUAUUGUUUCUGGUAACUGUCAAAACGCUUAUCGAGCGCUUGUAUAGAAUCUAUUCGUUUUGCUGCCGAGGUCCCUUGGAGGUUCCGGGUUCGAUCCCUGACAGGGUCAUUUAUAUGACAUUUCUUGAUCACCCUAGAGCCGACCUCAGGCGAGCCUAUGACCAAUUUUGUGGCGCGGUGACGCUGAUUAUACCGGUGGUCAUGAGAGGGAGUCCUU